CAUUGCAUCACCCUAAAGAAACGGAUCUGUGUUUUGACAAGUGUCAGAAGUCGAGCAUGGGUUGUGUUUGAGCCGCUCAAGUGAAAAGACAACAGAUUGGCAGCGCGCCUAUCCUUCCCUUUGUUGCACUUGUUGCCAUGGCCUACCAGUAUCCCGCAGGGGCCAUGCCUCAGCCUGUGACCUACACGUCCGGGGCGCCGUACGGUGCGGACUACUCGGGCUACUCCAUGCCGCAAAGCAUGCCGAUGCCUGCAAUGCCUGCCGCCUUGGACCACGCGAUGGGCAAGUGGUUUGCCCCUGGAGAGGCGCUGCCACCGGGUUUUGUGGUGACCUCCCACCCUGAGGGCCACACAGCUCCCCAGCAGCACCACUCCAUGUCGAACAAGGCAUGGGACAGCUUCGUGAGCACCGGGGAUGCGGCAGCAGCGGUUGGCUCCGUGGCCAGGACGGGUGCAUCUGCUUCGUCCUCUCUGAAGAAGUCCAAGAAGAGCAAGAAGAAGAAGAGCUCCGGCUGCUGCUGAGCCGCGUAGGCGGGCUUAGGCGGUCAGUGAAGUUGUCGACUCUGAGACCUGGCGCAGGCGUCGGCUCUCAGAGUCCAAAGUGAACAUGACAACAUGGACCAUGUUGCGCACAUCAUUUCUGCUAAUGACCAAUGCAGCACAGUGAUGGCUGUGCAUGCAA